GUUGUCUGGCCCUCCUGAUCGUAUGGCUGCAUUCAUAGACUCCGUACUCACAGCACCCCAAAUUAUCUGGCAGCCUGGCCGGACGUACGCAAGCAAGCUCAACAGCCUUUUCCACGGCCGUGCCCAAGUCUUCGAGGGCCCUCAUCUCCUCCACAGAGAGCACAGAACUCCCAGCUCACCAGACGCCUCUUUGUUGGACGGUCCAUCGUGCCUUUAGCUGUGCUCCCCGAGGCCGCUGAUAGAGAGCGGCACUGCUACAACAUCGCGACGGCCCCGUCUGCAUCGAAGGCAGGGCCACCCUUCGAGCACCGAGCUCCUCCUACAAGGGGAAACCCCCCCUCCCUCUUUUUCUCUCUAGGUCUGCCUGAGCUGCGAGGGGAUAAUCAACCAAAAUGACGGCGUGGAACCUCUUCCGCAUCGCGGGAGACUUCUGCCAUCUGGCGUCCAAGUUCAUCCUCAUGACCUCGAUACACCGCAACCGAAGUGCCGAAGGUGUCUCCUUCAUCACCCAAGUGCUCUACUGCGUGGUGUUCCUCGCCCGCUACACUGAUCUGUUCGGCCGCGGCCAGUAUGUGUACAACAUAAUAUUCAAGAUCUUCUACAUCCUGUCAUCAUUUUACAUCAUCGGUCUGAUGCAGUGGGUCUUCCCCCGGACCCGCGAGAAGGAGCUGGCCUGGAAGCUAGGCGCGGCGUGCUUUUUCGGCGCCCUCCUCCUGUCGCCAUUUUCCAUGUUGGUCUUCCAGGGCAAGGAUGAGUGGAGCAUGUUCUACUGGCUCUGGAACCUCUCCUACAUCCUCGAGUCCGUUUGCGUCCUCCCGCAGCUCCUCCUCCUUCGCCAGACCACCGUGCCCACCGUUAUAGACAGCUACUACCUGCUCGCACUGGGAUUGUACCGCGGGCUCUACGUUCUCAACUGGCUGGCGCGCGAGCUUGACAUACAGGACAUCAAGCCCAAGCCCGUGCAGAUCAUCUUUGGUCUAAUCCAGACCGCCCUGUAUGUCGACUUUGCCUGGGUGUACUACACCCGCCAGCGUGUCAAGCUCCGCAGCGGGGGCGUCGUCGACGCCGACGACAUGCGACGAAGCUGGCUGCUGCGCCGCAUUUUCGGCAAGCACGUCGAAAGCUCAGGCGGUCGCGACGGGGAUGAUGACGAGGAGAGUGCGCCCGCUCUCGGUAAUGCGCGUGGCCCGAAGCGGUCUGCUUGGGGCCGUCGGGGUAUCUCAGUCAGCGCAGAUGACGGGGUCCUCGAAUCUGAUGGUGAUCGGUUUAGCGAGGAGGAGCACGGCAUCUUGGGCGCGGACGGCGAGUCGGUAGACCCAGAUGCCAAAAUGAAAGAUCCCGAUGAGCUUGCGUUGGCACUGGAUGACGAGGAUGACGAAGGUGGAGGCAGCUCUGGAAGCUCAAGGGUACCCGUUGAUGUGAGAGGCGGGGACGAGUGGCGCGACUAAGUAAGAGGCCCUUUGACUGACUGACUUCAACUACGAUCUUUACGGGUGGGUGAGAGUGCGCCGCGGGUGCACGAAUGUUUUGGGGCAUCUCUUCAUGAAUCAACUGCCUCAUGACCCCACCGGGAUCAAUAUAUUUGGUUCAAGGAUCGUCGCGAAAUGCCUGAUCGGUUUCCAACAAUCCUGCGACCUCGUAUAGAACCGCGGCUAGCAAGGAGUUCAGGCUUGAAAGAGAGUGUUGAAACGUUCCUGUUUCUAAAGUCACCGAAUCGAACGAUGCCGGUGCGAAAGAUACGGCAGCAUAUGGGGAGGUCGGAGAGAAACGAGAGGAAAUUCAUGGUCACCACAUGCUAUCGCUAUCUAUCAGACACCAUGCCAAAUACCUAAGCACUUGUUUUUGAUGAUUUCCUGGCUGGUAAUGAUUGCCGUCCGAGGGUUGAAGUUGAAGGCUGCAUCAAUGAAGUAUCCUGUCAGCAAGCCAUGAAAUGUUGAGCGAUGACACCGCAGGACGCAACGAGACUCGGUGGCCAUUGCUUGGAUUAAGAGGACAGCCAGGGUUUGGUUUUUCCCCCCCUUUUUUUUGGGGGGGGGGGGGGGUACCAGUCAUGGGUCGAGUGAUUAUGAUUGAAGUCUGUUGGAGUCUAAUCCAUUCCCAUCAAGAAUUUUUACAACUCGUCAGGAUUGAGCGCCCCCCUUGCAGUACCUUUCCACUUGCUAGGUCGAGUCCGGGUAGAAAUCUCCCAGAAUGCCCUCAAUAACGCCAAUCCACUACCCUGGGUCUCGACAGUCCGGCCACGACCACGGUCGUUGAGAUCUUCUCUAAAAACUGAUGGGUCCGCUCUCUUCACAUGUCGCAUCCUAUCGCGAUUUGCAGCAUCCUCACUGUCCUUCGGCCACCGUCUGAAGGUCGUAUGCGUGCGGCUCUUUGAUGCGACAUGCUGGCCGGCUACGUAAGGCUCAGCAUGUGGAUUGUGAUGAGCUUCCGGGGUUGUUGCACCUGUAGGAGUCCGUUUCCAUACUGGAUCAUCAGGUACACCCUCGUUCCUGUAAUCCACCGCAUUGGGAUCUUCAAGGUCGUCCUGAGGUGGCAUUUUGUCCUCGAGGCCAAGAUGCCCUGCAGUCCACCACAUACCCACUAGGCCUAUAUCGUUCCUUGUCCUUAUCAUGGCAUGAACGUUGUGCCGCAGCCAAGGAGCAUAGGAUCGGCACUCUGCCAGAUGAGAUCGCAUCUGAUCAUGCGUGUGUCUACUAUGGGCCAUAAAGUCCUCCAGUGAUAACGACGAGGUGCAGAAUGCCGUAAGAUGAUGGAAGAAAAUGCCUUUGAAAGUUUGGCCGUCUUGGGAACAAGAACCUUUGCUGUCACAGGCGUCUUCCAUGACACCAGCACGGCCAAGACCACGCCACGGCGGAAGCUUGCUACCUCCCGGUGGCUGGCCAUCAGAAUUGCUCCUGCCAUGUUGGACAUGGUCCAUCGGUCUCUGGCGUUGUGAAUCCCAGCCCGUUGCCUGAAUGACAUUUCGAACCAGGCGAUGGCCGUCCUCGACGUAGGAGUAGUUGCCCGUGAUCUUCCAAAGGCUGAUCUGACCGGUAAGGAUGACACCUUGGUUGUACGUGUAGACCUGCUCAUUGCGCACAUCACACUUCUUGUUGUCACUCGUAGGAUCGUUCCAUCCGGAAAUGUGGAAUCCGUCGACGUAGAGCCCUUGGCUGUUCAUCAUGCCUGAUGCCUCAAGCCAUCGGUACCCGUCUUGUGCGAAUUCGAGAAAGACAGGAUCGUGAGGCCUAAAGACGUCAUCACCGCGGGGCCUAGUGAGAUGUUCGUCGCUGGAGGUGUUGAGCCCGUUGAAAAAGGGAGAGUCAUUCCAAUCCCCAGGGAAGUACAGGUACAUGGCAGCUGAAGCUGAUAUGAACAGCUCAUUGGUUAUGGCGUUCUUGUACGGUUCUAGCCUGGGGUUCCAAGUCAUGCCUCCGCCACAUAGGUCCCAGUCCCAGCCAGCCUUGGCGAGAUUCCAGAAUAUCCUUGCUCGGUGGGAGAAUGCGGGUGUCCAGAUAUUACCGUGCCACUUUGCAAAACCGGGAGCAUCGGUCGCGUCUUGGAAGUUGAGAGUUGUGUGCAGGUCGAUGAAUUGUAUCGUUUCGAGCCAGCCGAGGACGACCCACAGGAUGUCAUCGUAUGCCUCGUUCCUAAUGGCGAAGUGGUCCUGCCCGAAGUAAUAGCCUAGGAUUUGUGAGAAGAAGAGAGUGACCAGAUUUUCCUUGUUCCGAUCUCCGCCUCUUCCUGAGAUUGGAAUCAGGUCGAGUGCACGUGAUAUGGAACCAAGAGCGCCAGAGACGUGCGUGCCCAUCACGGCUGCGGUCCAAUCGAUGGCUUCUGGCCACGUUCCAAGCCACGGAGCAAAGUACUCUUCCUGCAUCGUGCUGAGGACUUCCAACAUGGGGUCGAGGAUGUCCCUAUAGGCAGCACUGAGCGAUGUGUGGCUGUUGACGUCGUCAUGCUCAAUGUCCAAGGGCAGGGGCGCUUGGUCAGGAGGCGAGGGCUUCGAGGUGGCCCUCACCCCCAAGGCGCCGAGCAGAGCGCCUUGAAGGACAGUCCGAAGUACCGUCAUGGCGGUGUUAUCGACGUGCGCUCUGUCUUAUGCUAAGGUCCCCGUAGCCUGGGUAACAGUGAAAAAAAAGGACCACUUUUGGUGUGUUCUGCUCAUCGAGCUCCAGGCCGAUUUGAGACUGUGUGUGGCUCAGCCGAGGACGCCCAGCUUAGGACAGAAGAGAUUGAAACAUGGAACACUCAGGCCAUGUGUAUAGCUUCAGGGAUAUUUGACCUGUAAAGUCCUAAGGCGAGCGGAGUGCCAUGUUCCGCAAGGAUUGUAAGCCGUAGAAGCCUGCGUCGCGGGACAUGUGCGGGUGGCAGGCAGAUGACGUUGUUGUUGUUGUCUGAUCAGAGAAACAGGUGACAGAAAGUGGAUUGACAGACGAUGUAGUGCAGGAACGGCGAGGAUGUUGUUGAAGCAUGCGGGAAAUCACAAGAAACCAGCGCAAAAAAACACCACAGGACAGCAGGAAGGGAUGAUGACGAUGUUCCAAGGAACGAAGAGGAGGUCACGCUGUAUGGUAG